AUGUCAUCAUCCUCCACAAGUUCAGAUUCAGAGUUUACGGCAGAAAGUAGUGGAAAUGAAAGUUUGUCAGAUCAUCAAGAAACUGCUACAACUGAUCUAACCAUUCGACAAGGAUCACCGACAAAAGAUAAUGGAAUCAAUACAGCAGGGAAAAAAUUCGAGGAAGGCAACGAUGAAGAAAUGUCAUCUUUUGGAAGUUCAAGAAGUGACUCGGAUACGAAAGACGGUGAAAGUGAUGCUUCCGGUUCGAAAAAGAGUGAAAAUGGUGAAUGUAGUGUUAAUGAACGAAAAAGUGAUUCAGUGUUCAGUGCUGAAAGUGGUGAUGGAGAAGUUGCUACGAUAAAAAAGAAACGUGGUGUCAAAAUUACUGAUGAAACAAGAAAGUUUCUGGAAGAUGAGAAUAUAUUACGGCGAUCUUCAAGGCAACGUAAGGAAACAGUCAGUCUAAAUACGGAGAAGGGAACAGAAAAAACAGCAAAAAAAUCCGAUAAAAGGGAUUUUCCACAGUCCGAGGAAGAUGAAACAACUGGCAGUGAAUCAUCGUCGGAAAUUGCACUGCCAGAAAAUGUGCGUCAAAAACCAAAGAAACUGAAAGAAAGGAAGCGGCUCCGAAAACGCGGUUUAAGUUCCGAUGAUUCGGGUGGAAUGCGUCCCACACGUAGGAGCAAAGUUGUUGGUGAUAAAAAUCGCAUCAAUUAUCGAGAUAUUAGUUCGGAUGAAGAGAUCAAUUCUGAUGAUGUGUUAGAAUGGGAUGAAGGUGAUAAAGUAGAAGGUGCUGGUUCAACAGAUCAUAAUACUUCGUGUAGUGAAACGAUCGAAAAGGUAUUGCGUCAUCGAGCAGGAUAUCCAGGUGCAACCGGAGCAUCGACAACAUGCUACAAUGUGGAGGAUAAAGGUGACCCGAAUGUUAAAUUGGCAGAAAAUGGCACUGAAUUGGAAUUGGAACGCCAGUAUUUAAUCAAAUGGUUAGGCUGGUCACAUCUUCAUAAUACAUGGGAGUCGGAAAAUAGCUUAAAGCUGUGUAAUGCAAAGGGAUUGAAGAAAAUCGAUAAUUAUAUGAAACGUUUAAGAGAUAUCGAAGAAUGGAAACUUACUGCAGAUAAAGAAUAUAUCGAAUUUUUUGAUUGUGAACAGCAGAUGAAUGACGAACUUAAUGAACAGUAUAAGGUUAUUGAACGAGUAAUAGCUCAUCAGAUAUCACGUAGUCAAGGUGAAAGCGAAGGAACAGAAUAUUUUGUGAAAUGGUGCGGCUUACCAUAUUCCGAAUGCACAUGGGAAGAGGAACAUUUGAUCAAACGACAAUUUCAGGAUAAAAUUGAUGCAUAUUAUGAUCGACGUGAUAAUGGAAAAAUACCGAAUAAACAUUGUCCGGCUUUAAGAAGACGACCAAAAUUUGAAAAGCUGAAUAAUAUCCCUAAUUUCCUUCAGCGAAAGGAUGAUCCAGAGCAUGAGUUACGCGAUUAUCAAUUGGAAGGAGUGAAUUGGAUGUUACAUGCUUGGACAAAGGAAAAUAGUUGUAUACUUGCGGAUGAAAUGGGAUUGGGUAAAACGAUUCAAAGUAUUAGUUUUCUUUCGGUACUGUAUCAUAAAUACCAGUUGUAUGGGACAUUUCUGGUCGUAGUGCCAUUAAGUACGAUGGCUUCUUGGCAACAUGAAUUCGAGACUUGGGCACCAGAUCUUAAUGUUGUCACCUAUGUUGGUGAUGUUACAAGCCGUGAUCUGAUAAGGCAGUUCGAAAUAUAUGUACAGAGCACAAAACGUCUGAAAAUGAAUGUCGUCUUGACUACCUACGAAAUCCUUCUGAAAGAUAAGUCUUUCCUUGGUUCAUUUGAGUGGGCUGUGUUAGCUGUUGAUGAAGCACAUCGUUUAAAAAAUGAUGAGUCACUGCUGUAUCGUUCGUUGUUCGAGUUUACAACAAAUCAUCGGUUACUAGUAACCGGAACGCCACUUCAAAAUUCAUUAAAAGAACUUUGGGCCUUGCUUCAUUUCAUUAUGCCUGAAAAAUUUGAUAGUUGGUCAGAAUUUGAAGCGGAGCAUCAUGACUCGGAUCAUAAGACAAUUGCAUCUUUACAUCGAAAACUUCAGCCAUUUUUGCUAAGACGUGUAAAAAAGGACGUGGAAAAAUCAUUGCCAGCUAAGGUUGAGCAAAUUCUACGUGUAGAUAUGACUGCCCAGCAAAAACAAUAUUACAAAUGGAUUUUAACCAAAAACUACAAAGAGUUAUCAAAAGGUGUGAAAGGAUCUAUUAACGGAUUUGUGAACUUGGUUAUGGAACUGAAGAAAUGUUGCAAUCAUUCUUCACUUGUUCGGUCAUACGAUCAAGCUGAGGAAGGUGCGGAUGCCCGACUACAGCAACUAUUGAAAUCUUCUGGGAAAUUGAUUUUAUUGGACAAAUUAUUAUGUCGUUUGCAAGAAACUGGACAUCGGGUGCUAAUUUUUUCACAGAUGGUGAUGAUGCUUGAUAUUAUGCAGGAAUAUCUUCAGCUUCGACGUUUCCCUUCACAGAGAUUGGAUGGAUCAAUGCGUUCAGAUCUUCGGAAGGCAGCGUUAGAUCAUUUCAAUGCUCCAAAUUCUCCUGAUUUUUGUUUCUUACUCUCAACCCGAGCUGGUGGCCUUGGAAUAAAUCUGGCCACAGCGGAUACAGUUAUUAUUUUCGAUUCAGACUGGAAUCCACAAAAUGACUUACAAGCAAUGAGUCGUGCGCACAGAAUUGGCCAAAAAAAGCAGGUAAACAUAUAUCGCUUGGUGACAAAGGCAUCGGUAGAGGAGGAAAUUGUAGAAAGAGCAAAGAGGAAGCUAGUCUUGGAUCACCUUAUUAUUCAGAGGAUGGAUACAACUGGUCGAACGGUGCUUUCGAAAACUACCGUAACAAAUGGUACAAUGCCAUUUGACAAACAAGACUUGGCAAUGAUUCUGAAAUUUGGUGCUGAAGAGCUUUUUAAAGAAAAAGAAGGUGAAGAACAAGAACCAGAAGUUGAUAUUGAUAAUAUUUUGCAAGGUGCGGAAACUCGGGAAUGUGAUCAACAGAAUUCUGGUAGCGAAUUGUUGAAUGCAUUUCGUUAUGCAGAUUUUUCAUUUGAUGAGAAUAAAGAUGUACCAUCGUUGAACGUAACAACAGCUCAAACGGAAAUAAACCAGAAAGAUUUGACCACAUCGAAGUCGUGGGAUGAAAUUAUUCCAGAAGUUGAUCGCAAGAAAUUUGCUGAUGAAGAGCGUGAACGAGCCGAAAAAGAACUUUUCCUUGGACCAAGACAAAGAACAAAGAUUCCUGAGGUAGCUGCGGAAGCUGGCAAUAGUGACGAGGAUGAGAAGAAGAAAAAAAGGCGGAAACGUGGCCGAGAUUCACCAUUAAGCGAAGAAGAAGGUUCCGAUGAGGAUAAGCGGAAACGUGCACGAAGGAAAUUGUUAUUUAAUUUCACUGAAUCAGAAGUAAGGAGAUUCAUACGGAGUUUCCGCAAAUUUGCAGAACCUCUGACAAGAUUAGAAGCAAUAGCGCAAGAUGCAGAAUUAGAAGAAUUUAGUAAAAAUGAACUGGAACAGCUUGGUAAUGAAUUGUUAGCCGGUUGUCAGAAAGCUCAAGCUGAAUAUGAGGAAAAGAUCAAAGAAGCAAUGAAGAAGCCUAUGGAAGAUGGUAAAAGAAGACAGGAUCGUGGAGCCAUUUUUAAAUUUGGAAAUAUUGACGUCUAUGUUCGACCACUAUUGAAGAUGCAGUCAGAUCUUAUACCGCUGCAUAAUCUUGUCAAAAGUGUUGGUGAUAUCAGAUUGCUACAAAUUCCGGGUUAUCCGAAGGAACAAAAAGGUUGGGAUGUUGAAUGGGAUAUCGCGGAUGAUUUAGCACUGCUGAAAGGCAUCUAUCAAUAUGGUCUCGGCAGUUGGGAAGAAAUCAAAAUGGAUCCCAGUUAUGGUUUAGCCGAAAAAAUCUGGUUGAAGGAUAAAAGCAAGAAACCGCAAAGUAAGCAUAUUCAAGCACGAGCGGAAUAUCUUUUGAAAUAUCUUGCCCGUAGUACGAAGGCUACAGAAAACACUUCAACGAGAAUGAAACCUUUAAAAAAAAACCAUCCUUCAGUUUCAUCAACUUUAGGAAUACCGGAUAAACCAAAGGAAAGAAAAACACCUAAGGAAGAAAAGAAAGAAAAGAAAUGUAAAGGAGAACAUGGAGAUGAAAGAGAUGAUGCUGAAAAAAGAGAAUCAAAAGUAUUCGUGCUUAAGAAGGAGCGAAUUGGGAUUAGUUUGGAUCAUUUGACCAUCAACAAGUCGAAGUACAAAAAAGACGUUGAGAACAAGAAGUCAUCACAGUUUGCAGAGUGUGUCAAAAUCAUGCGACCUGCUCAAAAGUACAUGCGAAAGCUGGUACAGUGCGAUGACUUAAGCUCGACUGAUUCACUGCGACAUUUACUCAAAAUUGGUGAUCAUAUCAAUGGACAUCUUGGAAAAAUUGGCUUAACUAAAUCACAACUUGUGGAAAAAUGGCACUCUUAUUUAUGGAUUUUUUUGUCGUGUUUUACUCGCCAAGAACCCAGCGACCUACUCCAACGCUAUCGUAUUGCUGCAAAAGAUCGUGCUAGUAAUAAUGAAACUGAUUCUCAUCGUAAGCAUCACCAUCAUCGUCAUCAUCAUCAUCAUCACAAUGCUAAGAAAAGUCAACAAGAUGAUAAACCAACAGCUGACACAAAUGAAGUUAUGGAUAUUGGUAUUGCUAUAGGUGAACGAAAAGAAGACAGUAAUAUGAUUACAACCGAAAGCGAUCGAAGAAUUAAUAAGAAUUCAAAAUAUAUUCGUUUAAGCAAUGAUGGGUGUCCACUAACGAGGCAUCAUUCGAGUAGACCAGAAAUUCAAAAACUGCAACAUUCCGUAAAACAUGGAGUCAAGGAUGACAAUCGAGCUGGUAUAUCAAACGACGAUUUUGACACUUAUAAGCCAUCUGUGUCGCAAUUGCAACAACCCAGUUUAUUAUAUUCGAGCCAUAAUGAGAAUGAUAGCUAUAAAGAUUCGUCGUAUCGAUACCGCGGAGAUUACAGUGGCAGCAGUGGAAGCAGUUUCCAUCGUACUCAUUAUAAUCACACAAAUUAUCGAGACAGAGCAAGAGGUGGGCGACAUGAGCACUAUCCUUAUAGGGAACACCGACGAGAGCACACUUACAACCGUGACAAAGGUGAUCGAACUUCAUACUGGGAACGAAGUUACACAGAUCUGUAUCGUGAUCACGGUGAUCGUGAUUAUCGGCAAGAAUUCCGUCAUGCGUCCGGUCCAUCUAGCUCUAGUGCUAAUAGCAGUUCGUCACAGUGGUCUGGAACACCAGCCGGCUUAUCAUCUCAUUCUGCUCCAUCACUCCUGAACGGUCCUGCUUCAUCUUUUAGUUCAUCAUUAUGUCCUCCACCUGGACUGCUUGAAAUCAAACCUCUGUCAUCCGUCGCCACUGAACCCAGUACAUCCCAUACGUCGUUUAUGCGGCCACCACCGAUACCACCACAUCUCAAUCGUUUUGGAACCAGUGAUCCCACUACCAGUAAAAUAGAUAGUACCAGAGAUCCAAGAAGGUAG